AUGCGGCGGCGGCUAAACCCAGGACGUGAGUCGGGGCAGCUGCUGAGACCUACGGGCAUGCAGAGCUCCCGUGGGACGUGGGUCCGUGGCCCAUGCAUGUGGCGUGUGGCGAUCGUUGUGCUCUGUCUCGCGCUAUGCCCCACCACAGACCACUUCAACAAGCACACACCGAGGGGAAGGAAGGAAGGAAGAAAGGAAAGGGGUGAAAGGAAGACGGUGCUUUCGCAGCAAGGCAUCCACUCACACACGGCGGCUUCCCAAUGCAGCCAACCCCGAAAGCAGCAGCAGCAGCAGCAGCAGCAGCAGCAGCAGCAGCGAACGACGGUCUAA